UACCCGGGAUGGAUUGAAUGUAUCUCUCCCCAAGAAUUCCUUUCGGGAGCCCUAAUGUUUUUGGCAAUUGCCUGGCACGCAUUCAAAAAGUCCCCACCCAUUCGGGAUAGAUUGGAAUGGGACGUCAUGGUUAUGACAAUGAAUACAGGUCAAAAGCAUGAAGACUCGAAUUAUGACAGCGAGACCGAGUCGGAAUCCGAAGACUACGAACACACGUACGCAAUGGAGGCUACACAGUAUCUUCAACAGUCUGCCGCGCGUUCACGAUCCACAAAUACAGAUAAAGGGCCGGAAGAAUGCUUCAUGGAAGUGCAAGGGGCUGUUACGGACUUGCUCUCAGUUGAACUCAGCUGCAUCGUCGAUGAACCUGAGACGCAUGAAAUCAUUCUCCGUGCCUCCAACACAAUCUUGGGCUUCCUCGAUUGUAUUGCGUCGUCAAUAACCUGUGCGUCGGCUGAAAUGCAAACGCAUAUACUCACCGACAUGGGCACCUUGCUAUCCUAUGCAUUCAUGGACAGGCUCUUUGUUUUUCGUGACAUCUUUCAUCAAAUAGCCAUUAGUGAACUUAAGUCUAGCCAAGCAUCCUCUACUGUGGCCGUAUGUUGGGUGGACACAAUCCUUUCCAAACUAAGCCGCGCUCUGCUAUAUGUUCUUGGCCACAAUCCUCAGUCCGACGCAACAUCUCUCGAAACAUUGACAAAGCAUCAGGAGGAGAUAUCUCUUCGUGCAGCUCUUCAACUUCCUCAAAAAUGGGAGAAUGUACCUUGCUCAAUAUGCUCACCAAACGUCUCACCCGCCGCUGCGCGUUUGGCGUUGCAUUUGACAUUUGCAGUCUAUGUUGUAGGUCCCCAACUCGGCGCCCACGAUCCUUGGACAGAUUCGAAAUUGCAUGGAUCCCAGUUAUUAAGCAUCUUGAAGGAACAUGUUCAGAACCUUCAUCAUUGCCAAGACAAUGAAGAUGUGUCCAUACAGACGGGGUCGACGAUGGACGGCGAUGCUAGAAUCGAGUACGCUAUGAUUGUCGUACUGUUUGCUUCCAUUGAGUUCGGACAAGACAGUAGCCCAUACUCCUUUCGACCUCACACGGAGGCGGCCCUCCUUUCGCUGAUCCGACGAGUUGUGCAACUAACACAUCCGCUUUCUUCAACGGAUGUCAUAAGCCCUCCAUCAACAGUUGACAUAGCGUCGUCAAUUCUGGUGUUAAUGAGCUCCGCCAUCUUCUGGACCUGGACUAUUUGGGAUGACCAUCGCAUCGCAGAUUCAGAGACUAUAGACUACCUGUCAUGCGUAUGGUUACACCAUCUCGCUCGGCAUGGCAUACAACUUCAAGAGACUAAUUGGGAGGAUCAACUUUCGGCAGUUAUUGACAAUGCUCCUGUCAUCGCUGGUACCCAGUUCACGAGAAUCUUUCGACAUUUCUUGACUUGUUUACAAACGAGUGACGCAGCAGGGCAUAGCUCAUCUCGCGUGAUGUUGAGACUUUGUUGGGGGUCAGUGGAAAUAUUGCGGGCGAUGCCUUCGGAUUUGCACAAGAGUCAUCGUCCCAUGGUCCAGGAACUAUGCAAAUCGCUAUGCUACUUAUUUGUCAUGAUUGGAGACACAGCAGACGAGCUACAAGUCAAAGAUAUCAUCUUUGAAAGCCUUUCCCUUGUAGAAGCUGAUACUUAUCGACCCAUUUUUCUCGAUGCAGCAAAGGACAUGAAGCUAUCUAUGUCCAUCAAAAUGGACGAAAAGUUGACUCGCCUAACACGGAGGGUCAGAGUCACCCCCACCACCCUUACUCCGGACGAUCUGAUUCUUGCAAGGCAAAUGUUGUUAUUCCUUACGCUUUCCUGGCACCACGGCGUAACCACGAUCACUCACCGCCAAACGAUCUCGUCGUUUCUCUUGGCAUUAAUUGACUGGCUAUCUUCCGAAACCUCAGGAACUAAAUGUGUUCUACUGCUCUUGGACCCUCUUGUGACUGCUCUAGCCGUGGUAGAAUCUUUUCGUCUGAAUCCAGAUUUUAAGGGAAUCAACAAGCUUUGGGAUGACGAUACCGUCUGGAGGAUGUGUCUGCGAAGCGACCCGAGUGAUCUGACUGUGGCUGCGGCUUUUGCUGCGUAUGCUGCCGUGACUGCGCAACACAGACUUUGUGGAUCCUUUACUCAAAUUGACGCAUGGGACUACUUUCGCGACAUAUUUCUGUUGAUGUUUCGUCAACACUUUCUGGAUGCUGAUGAAGCUCUAGCCUUAUUUAUCGUGCCAUCUGUUUGUCGCGCCUUGCGAGAGCUGCUACUUCAUCUCGACUUCGCAGCAACUCAAUUUAUCCAGGGAUCUCCGUGGUCGCUAAAUCUUAUACAGUCGCUAAAGAUAUUGGCGGAUCGUUCUCAAGAUGAUGAAUUUGGGUCACUGUUGAACGCACGAACUAAACCCUAUGUCUUUGAAUUGAUGCAGCUGAUUCAAACCCCCGAGUCACGCCAAAAUACUGUCAAGCAAUCUAGUGGACACAUAUCAGAAAUGGUCUUCUGUCGUUUGGAAGAUGGACCGCACCUGUUUUUGGCGGACACUGUCAGUAUAGGGGUAUAAGCAACUCAUGCCAGUAAACUUUAGUUCCGUGCUGCCCGUCCAUCGAUACGUUUUCCUGACCAUGCUGUUAGCAGCAAUGGUGUCGAUAUCACGGCAGUAUCAAGUCUGUGGUUUCGAUGAUACGACUUUUUAUAUUCAUCUACCCAUGUACUCUGCGUCCUUCGAUCGUUACACUAAAGAUUCGGAUAUCAGGCAUAUUGGGUGUCUUUAAACCAUG